AUGUCUUCUUUGGAGAAGCCCCCCGAUAUCUCCCAGAAGGUGGCUAGAAGUGGCAUAUUCAACGAAGAGGCCGACUUGUCAUCUGACGUAUUCGCCUUAGAGUCCCAACCUACCAACAAACCCGCACCCAAGCUCCCGUUCUUCCGAUUUCCGCCCGAGAUCAGGUUCAUCAUCUACCGCAUGGCGUGGGCCGUUGACCCAAAGCCACACACAGUCAAGAAGAGCGGUCAGUUGCGAACCGAUUACGUGAAGGAGCAGCUCUCUGUUGUGACAAAAAUGGGCGCUGUGUCUCACCAGAUGAGGAUUGAGGCCUAUUCCGAGUUCUUUCACCGCACCCAAGCGUAUUUCCGCUGGAACACGCAGAUGCAGGGGUUCUCCAAGCACAACGUCCAAGUCAUGGCGAGAAUGCAGGGUUCUUUUCUGCUCAAGUACCAUUUGCAGCAUGUCAGCCUACACUGGCCCGAGAAUUAUGAACAUCGAGUAGCGACACUGCGUUGGUUGGAAGGGCUCGAGCAGCUCAAGACGUUGAAGAUUGUCAUCUCCAAUGGGCCUGACUUGGAAAACAGGAAGGGUGCGCAUUACUCUGCCAAUGCUAUGCGCCGUCUGGCUGUCAGUUUGGCUCGACGCAAUGCUAAAUCAGAAAAGCCCUUCGUCAUAUUCGAGUCCGACAGACCAGAGCUCGUUGAUCUCUGGAACGAUGUCGACUGGUUCCGCUCGUUGGUGGAGGACGUCGCGAAUCAUGACUCAGAGCCACCUCAUCAAAUCAUCGAACAGCAUCUUGGCUGUCUCAACCCCCUGUGGGCCAAAUCACUGGCCCACAGGAUCCUCUAG